GCACCUCUUGACGCUCCCAAUUGCGAAUCGAGUCCGCUCUAUGAAACGAUAUCGAGGAGUGCCUGAGAUGUAUGUUUUCCCGAAGAAGCUCGCGAAUUUUUCGUAGUGUACAUUGUUCAAAAGAUCGAGUGACCGUCCCGCUCCUGCGGCUUUCUCGUGUGACAAGCGAAUUUCUAGCCCCGCCGACUAGCAGCAACCCCUGCGAGAUCAAGGAGCAUCUACGAGAGCACGAUGAGCGAGAACAUGCAGGUUUACGAACUCUCUUGCGCCAGGAACAACAACCCGGUAAAAUUUAUCGGUGUGGGAUGGAUCCCCGCAUCCCUCGGGGUGUGCAUCGCGGCCGCUGGUCUCCUGUCCUUCGUGUGGGCGGUACUGUCUGGAGACGUCACCGUAUACGUGCCGUUCAUAAGCGAGGCCGGCGCCGAUCCUCCGCAGAGCGGUUUCUUUUCAUUGAUGAUCUCCGUAUCGUGUGUCUGGUCGGGCGUCACGAUCGUCAUACGAUACUCGAUCGUGAGACAGCUUCUUCGUUUCAAUCGCGGAGAACUGAUUAAUUCGAUCUCAUUAGUCGUGGGCUUCCUCUCAGUUCUGGGUCUCUCCCUGGUAUCAGCCUUCCCGCUGACUUCGGCGAACAUCAUCCAUGAUAUCGGCGCGGCAUCGAUGUUCGUUCUUGGAGUGACAUAUUGCUUUCUGCAAAGUCUGCUGUCAGCGUGGAUGUACCCUUGGCACAACGGAAGGGUUAUCGUUUUCUAUCGUUCGAGCAUCACCCUGAUCGCCACCGCUGCCGCGCUUAUCACGGCGAUUUGUCAAUUCAAAGCCAAACAGCUGUGGGCAGCAUCAGGGAUCGAUAAGCCCGACGACAUGCGGCUCCCUGGCGAUCCGGCGUUCUUUUGGUUCACGGCUGCCGCGAUCGCUGAAUGGACCACCGUAGUGAUGUUCAUCGCCUACUUCUUCAGCUACAUCCGAGAGUUCAACAAAGUUGUCAUCGAACUCGAUACGUACCCACUGGUUGACCACUUCGAUGAUGAUAUCGAAAUCCAUUUCCCGGCAUCAGAGCAUACACCCCUCUAUAAAUCCGUUCUGUAAAAAUAGCGACUCGAGUCAAGCUCCAGACGAGUCCAGCGGUAGACCAUUUCGACGUGAAUUUCGAAACGCGUUCUAGCGCACCGGUUACACGGUCGGCAUAAGCUACUCCUCAAGUCCGUUUUGUGAAAAGCGAAUAGACAGAUGAUUUUGAGAGUGGUCCCAUUGAAGUGUAUAUAUUUUUUGUGAUAAAUAAAUUCAGGGUCG